AUGGCCCCCAAAGACAAAUGGCUUGGUGAGUAUCUCAGGCAGGAGAAAACCGAAAGUGAGGACAAGAAAGAGGAAGGAGAACCAUCAUGGAGGGACAAGCCGCUGCACGGCGUGUACCACAGACAAAUAGAAGAAGUGGCUGAUAUCAAAAAAUCCUACCUGUGGCUGGAAAAGGCUGGACUAAAGGACAACACAGAGGCACUAAUCAUGGCAGCACAAGUACAGGCACUCAGUACAAGAUCAAUAGAGGCUGGGGUCUACCACACCAGGCAGGACCCCAUGAUGCAGACUGUAGCUGUCAUAGUGUACAGGAACAUCUGCCAUGAGUAUGGGCUGGAAGUCCCAAGAGUGAACCAGCAGAACUCAGAGGUUUCCAGUGGUCCAUCUUCCCAGCAGCUUCAAACCCAGCUGGAAUCCAUAUUUAUGCUGCUGGAGGAAAACAUUGUUUGUUUUGUGAAGAACGAGCUGAAGAAGAUCCAGAAGGUUCUGAGUCCAGAUCACCCAGAAGGCUCAAAGAGUCAGUGGGAGGAUACGAGGUUGAUGGAGGGUGAGGAUGAAGAGCAGAGGAGGGGCAGCAGAGAGGCUUUGGUGAAGAUCACUCUGAACUUCCUUAGGAGGAUGAAGCAGGAGGAGCUGGCUGACUGUUUGCUUAUCAAGCAUUUAUCCUCAGUUCGUCAACAUAAACUUAAAUCCAGUCUGAAGAAGAGGUUCCAGUCUGUGUUUGAGGGAAUCGCUAAGGCAGGGAGUCCAACCCUUCUGAACCAGAUCUAUACAGAGCUCUACAUCACAGAGGGAGGGACUGGGGGGGUCAAUGAUGAACAUGAGGUCAGACAGAUUGAAACAGUAUCCAGAAAACCACACAGACCAGAAACAACAAUCAGACAAGAAGACAUAUUUAAUGUCCCACCUGGAAGAGAUCAACCAAUCAGAACAGUGAUGACAAAGGGAGUGGCUGGCAUUGGGAAAACAGUCUUAACAAAGAAGUUCACUCUGGACUGGGCUGAAGGCAAAGCCCACCAGAACAUCCAGUUCAUAUUUCCAUUCACCUUCAGAGAGCUGAAUGUGUUGAAAGAGAAAAAGUUCAGCUUGGUGGAACUUGUUCAUCAUUUCUUCACUGAAACCAAAGAAAUCUGCAGCUUUGAUCACUUCCAGGUUCUGUUCAUCUUUGAUGGUCUGGAUGAGAGUCGAAUUCCUCUGGACUUCCAGAACAAGGAGAUCCUGACUGAUGUUACAGAGUCCACCUCAGUGGAUGUUCUGCUGACUAACCUCAUCAGGGGGAAACUGCUUCCCUCUGCUCUCCUCUGGAUAACCACACGACCUGCAGCAGCCAAUCAGAUCCCUCCUGAGUGUGUUAGCAUGGUGACAGAGGUAAGAGGGUUCAAUGACCUACAGAAGGAGGAGUACUUCAGGAAGAGAUUCAGAGAUAAGGUGCAGGCCAGCAGGAUUAUCUCCCACAUCAACAGAUCUAGAAGCAUCCAGAUAAUGUGCCACGUUCCAGUCUUCUGCUGGAUCACUGCUACAGUUCUGGAGGAUGUGUUGGAGACAAGAGAGGGAGUGGAGCUGCCCAACACCCUGACUGAGAUGUACAUCCACUUCCUGGUGGUUCAGACCAAAGUGAAGAAGAUCAAGUAUGAUGGAGGAGCUGAAACAGAUCCACACUGGAGUCCAGAGAGCAGGAAGAUGGUUGAGUGUCUGGGAAAACUGGCUUUUGAUCAGCUGCAGAAAGGAAACCUGAUCUUCUAUGAAUCAGACCUGACAGAGUGUGGCAUCGAUAUCAGAGCAGCCUCAGUUUACUCAGGAGUGUUCACACAGAUCUUUAAAGAGGAGAGAGGGCUGUACCAGAACCACGAGAAGGUGUUCUGCUUCGUCCACCUGAGUGUUCAAGAAUUUCUGGCUGCUCUUCAUGUCCAUCGAAACUUCAUCAAGGAUGGAGUCAAUCUGAUGGAAGAACAACAAAACAUUUCUAUUGAGUCCAAAUUAUGUAAGACAGUAAAACUAACAAAUCUCCAUAAGAGAGCUGUGGAGAAGGCCUUACAGAGUCCAAUUGGACACCUGGACUUGUUCCUCCGUUUCCUCCUGGGUCUUUCACUGCAGACCAAUCAGACCCUCCUACAAGGUCUGUUAACAAAGACAGGAAAUAGCUCACUGACCAAUCAGGAAACACUUCAAUACAUAAAGGAGAAGAUCAAUGAGGGUCUGUCUGCAGAGAAAAGCAUCAACCUGUUCCACUGUCUUAAUGAACUGAAUGAUCGUUCUCUGGUCCAAGAGAUCCAACAGUCUCUGAGAUCAGGAAGUCUCUCCACAGAUAAACUGUCUCCUGCUCAUUGGUCAGCUCUUGCCUUCAUCUUAGUGACAUCAGGAGAAGAUCUGGAUGUGUUUGACUUGAAGAAAUACUCUGCUUCAGAGGAGGCUCUUCUAAGGCUGCUGCCAGUGGUCAAAGCUUCAAACAAAGUCCUGUAA